AUGUCAACCUAUAAUGUGUCUCUCAAUGGCCCUGCACCUUGGGGCUUCAGACUGCAGGGAGGAAAGGAUUUCAACAUGCCCCUGACUAUAUCCAGAGUAAGCCCAGGUAGUAAGGCAGCCCAAGCGAACAUCAGCCAGGGAGAUACUAUCGUGGCCAUAGACGGGGUCAGCACAGAGGGCAUGACUCACCUGGACUGCCAGAAUAAGAUCAAGUCAGCCACCUACUCCCUGAACCUGACCCUCCAGAAAUCAAAACGCCCAGGCCCAGUUCCAACUGCAACUCUUCGGAUGGACUCUCCCAUGCCAGUUAUCCCUCAUCAAAAGGUUAUUAGAUCAGGACGAGCUAACAUUGAGUUUACGGAUCAUUUCAACCCCAACGUCCUGAAGGAUUCUGUGUUGUCCACACACAAGCCCAUCGAAGUGAAAGGUCCUGGUGGAAAGGCCACCAUCAUCCAUGCCCAGUAUAACACCCCCAUCAGCAUGUACUCCCAAGAUGCCAUCAUGGAUGCCAUUGCUGGCCAGGCUCAUGCCAGAGGCAGUGAUCUUUCAAGUAACCUACAUGUUAAAGAUGCUCUAGUCGACAGUACCUCUCCAGUCUACCAGGCUGUUGUUCGUAACUCUAACAAGCCCCAGCAGACUCACCAGCAGGAGCUGGAUGAAUGGACUCGCCGGGCUGCCAAUUUGCAGUCCAAAUCUUUCCGUAUCCUUGCUCAGAUGACUGGAACACAAUACUUGCAAGAUCCAGAUGAGGAUGCGAUGAAAAGAUCAAGGGAAAAGUUUGAACAUGAAGUAAAAGGUCCACGCUUUGCCAAAUUGCGCAAAUGGCAUCAUGGUCUGUCUGCACAGAUCCUUAAUAUUAAAGGUUAA